GGCUUCGUCGCUCAGUCGCGGCGCAAGGACGCGGCAUUCGCUUUCCUGACUCGCUCCGAAGCAGCAGCAACAGCCGAGAUGUCUGGACGUGGCAAGGGCGGCAAGGGGCUCGGCAAGGGUGGCGCGAAGCGUCAUCGUAAGGUGUUGCGUGACAACAUCCAAGGCAUCACCAAGCCUGCCAUCCGUCGCCUCGCUCGCCGUGGCGGUGUCAAGCGUAUCUCUGGCCUGAUCUACGAGGAGACACGCGGUGUGCUCAAGGUGUUCCUCGAGAACGUGAUUCGGGACGCCGUCACCUACACUGAGCACGCCAAGCGCAAGACCGUGACCGCCAUGGACGUUGUGUAUGCCCUCAAGCGUCAGGCACGACGCGCGCGGCGCAGGGGUCAUUUUCACUCCGGCAGUCGACGACUUCGGACGCUCGCUCCGUUCGCCAUGGCCAGGACCAAGCAAACCGCCCGUAAGAGCACCGGUGGGAAGGCUCCGCGUAAGCAGCUUGCUACCAAGGCUGCUCGCAAGAGUGCACCUGCCACAGGUGGGGUUAAGAAACCGCAUCGGUACAGGCCUGGGACCGUGGCCCUUCGUGAAAUUCGCCGCUACCAGAAGUCGACCGAACUUCUCAUCCGCAAGCUGCCGUUCCAGCGCUUGGUGAGGGAAAUCGCUCAGGAUUUCAAGACCGACCUCCGAUUCCAGAGUUCGGCUGUGAUGGCCCUUCAGGAGGCCAGCGAGGCCUACCUGGUCGGUCUCUUCGAGGACUGGAUGUUGCGUGACAACAUCCAAGGCAUCACCAAGCCUGCCAUCCGUCGCCUCGCUCGCCGUGGCGGUGUCAAGCGUAUCUCUGGCCUGAUCUACGAGGAGACACGCGGUGUGCUCAAGGUGUUCCUCGAGAACGUGAUUCGGGACGCCGUCACCUACACUGAGCACGCCAAGCGCAAGACCGUGACCGCCAUGGACGUUGUGUAUGCCCUCAAGCGUCAGGGCCGCACCCUCUACGGUUUCGGAGGCUAAGCAGCGCGCGUGCGCGACGUCGUCUGCAAGCAGCGCAUCAGCUCCUCUGAAGAACCCAACAGCCCUCUUCAGG